UUCAGUGUGAUUGUAGCUUUCCAUUCAAUACCUGCGCGUACCGUGCCUUGUCUGCCACGUAGUGUCAUUCAACAAAGUGCUCUACAAUUAUAACAAUAAGCCAAGCGAGGGGCGGGCGGGACUACGCCUGCUGCAGUACGACAGGCAAAUAUACAAACAUAUUCUCCGCGGUGAACAACUUCUUCGCUGAUUCACCGCUGGUGAAUCAGCUCAAAGGCAUUAUGACUCGACAAACAAGCAGCACAGAACCGGGCCCGCCGGAUGAGACCCGUCCGGACAACGUACGGACACCUUCCGUCAGCUUUGCUAUCAGCCCAUCUCAAAGCCAGUUAUCGGAGAGGUCCAUAACUCCAACGCAGCCGCAACGUCAGGUGGCUUUUCUAAAACCGGCGGCAAACACAAUCCUCGACCGUAAAGCUUCGAUCGUUGAUGAGAACACUGGGAUAACGAGAACGCAAAUGAAAGAAUUCCGUGAAGCUUUCCGCCUCUUUGACAAAGAUGGCGACGGAACGAUCACAAAGGAGGAGCUGGGCCGAGUGAUGCGCAGCCUGGGACAGUUCGCGAGAGUUGAAGAGUUGCAGGACAUGCUGCAGGAGGUCGACAGCGAUGGCGAUGGAAACGUCAGUUUCGAAGAGUUCGUAAACAUCCUCUCCAAGUCGAUGUCGGGAGCCGCCGGUGGAACAAGUUCCGCUGAGCAAGAGGAGAGGGAACUGAGGGACGCGUUCAGAGUGUUCGACAAACACAACCGCGGGUACAUUUGCGCUUCGGAUCUGAGAGCAGUGCUGCAGUGUCUUGGAGAAGACCUUUCCGAGGAAGAGAUUGAAGACAUGAUAAAAGAAGUGGAUUCCGAUGGAGACGGACGCAUUGAUUUCUUAGAAUUUGUGAGAGCUUUGGGUGAACCUGAAGAUGCUUGCGACGAUGAAGACGACGAAGAUCUGAACGAUGGAAUCGACAUCGCUUUAGCAAGACCGGUUGCCGCUAACUGAAUUUAUUCAAAGGAUUUUGCCAUUCAUAUAUUUAAAAACGCUUGUGAUUUUAGUAUUAUGAAAUACCUUCUACAAGUACAUACAUACAAAUCAAUCUUCCUUAAUCGUCUACUCAAUAUAACGUCUAAACGCAGAAGAAAGUUGUGACUCUGGUUGUGAUGACAACUUUGAUGAUUCGAGAGUUGGUAGAUAUUUUUAACUGACUUCCAAAAAGGAGGAGGUUCUACGUUCGGCUGUAUGUAUGUUUGGGUACUAAAAUUUGCGUUAUACCUCGCCCUACUCUAAUAUAGAACUGCAGACCUGAUUGGAUAGUAGUGAGGCAAAAUCAACCCCUACAUUUCCAAAGUAUAUAUGCUGACAUUUAUGCAAAAAAAAUAUUUUUUCUUCAGGUAAUUUUUUUUCCUGAAAAAGAUAUGAGCUUCCCUCAAAUACUUACCAAAAAAUUAUCUACCACUCCCCAGCUAUGAGUUAUAUCCAUAAUAGCUUUCAACCAGUAAGUAACACAAUGUCUAAUAAAGACCAGGGAAAUGUUUAAGUAUGAGAUUUGUGCUAAAUUCACUAGCUCGUAAUACAUAACUUGAAAAUGUUUACUACUUUAUGUUGUAUACAGUGGCGUAGCCAGAUAAUCAAGGGCCCAGGUGCAAAUAAAAAAUGGGCCCCACUGCCAUCGAAACUGAUUAUGUUUUAUCAAGUAAAAAUAUUCAUCAGCUAUUUUUUCGUUCAGUUCGUUCGCGUUUUUCUGGUAAAGAUUAGAGGGCCUCGAUGCAUUGCACCGUCUAGCCCCUGGGUAGCUACGCCAUUGGUUGUACCUAUCUAAUGUACCUAAGUAGUCGUCCAAGGGAUAAAAUUAAUGUGCAAGUGUCAUGGGAUUGCAAUGACAACAGUUUUGUUAUGUGUAAGGGGCAAGGGCUGAUCAAAAGGGCGAAAUAAAUAAUUACUUACAGUAGAAAUA